AUGCCUGGUUUGCGAAACUCUGCAAUAACUGCGCUUUUCGCUCAGGAGGAUUCAAAUGAAAAACGAAGUCGGCAUGCUUCACGUGACUCCGCUGCUAGUAGCACGAAUGAGGAGGUUAGGCGAAUUGUGGAGCGAGCCGGAGAUGGGUGGAAUGGUGGACUGAUUGGUGACGAUUUGGUGACUACUGACACCACUUCACGGACGGAAUUUCUUGAGUUCGUUAUCAGUAAUAUGAGAAAAGGACAGCGCAUAGUGCUCCAACGAGAUGGUCACCGUUUUGUAAAGGUUGUCCAAUCUGGAACUUCCAAAACGCCCGUGAGAGUCGAAGCACCGAAUUUGCGGCGAGUCACCGUAACGAGGUGUAUAGCCCAUUUGGGUGUGGUUGUGGUUGACUCCCAGAAUGCCAUUCGGCUCUCAAGUGGAUUCCAGCAACCUGAACGUCAUGACGCUCACGCAACCUCUUACUCAUCUCAACGUGGGUGUUAA